AUGCUGAGCUCUCGAUAUCUGCCAAUGCAUCGAGCCUUCCACGCGUCUGCCCGUCGCUUGGCCAUUCGAACCGUUAAUGUUCCGUCCAUGGGUGAUUCAAUUAGUGAAGGAACUCUUGUGGAGAUUGUCAAGAAGGCGGGAGAUGUCGUACAUGCUGACGAGGUGGUACUUGUGAUUGAGACUGAUAAGGUGAGUGUGGAUGUGACAAGUCCUGUGGCUGGAACUGUCGUGGAAGUACUGGCUCAAUUGGAGGAAAACGUAGAAGUGGGCAAACCGCUCUUUACGCUGGACGACGCGCUGUUUGACAGCGGCUCUAGCAAAUCUGCACAAACCGCGACCACGGUGUCAUCAGAACCAGCACCUGCAGCAGCUUCUUCUGCAGUUGCUUCUGCCGCUUCUGUAUCAUCUGGACGCCGCGUGCCCCUUAUCGAGUUUUUGGGCAAGCGCUCGCUGCUGCCUACCAAGCCAUUACCGUCGUCCAAACCUAUGGAUCUUGAUCUACCGCCGUCGCCUAUACAUGCAGUACCUGUUGAGCCGUCCAGUGCCAAUGUCCUUCCAUUUACCAGUGCAAAGCGCUUGACGCUGUCGCCUGAAGAAGUCGAAUCGAUCAACUCGGGUCUUGCCUUCUUGUGA